UUAAAAUUCAUUACCCUCUUUCAAUUCGGAAUUCCACUGAAAACCUAAAUCAACGAUCUUUCAUCUUCUUCUCCACGUCUUAUCGAUCUUCUUCGACAACGCAUCCGCCAGCCAAAUUCCUCAUGGCGUCCAAAUCGAAGAGCGAAAAUCCUCACACCGGCGAUGGCGCUAGCCCCGGGAAGAUUUUCAUCGGAGGAUUGGCGAAGGAUACAACUUACACUCAAUUCAACAAGCAUUUUGGUGAUUAUGGAGAGAUAACGGACUCGGUGAUCAUGAAGGAUCGGUAUACCGGACAACCAAGAGGUUUUGGGUUUAUUACUUAUGCUGAUCCUUCUGUGGUUGACAAGGUUAUCGAAGAUACACACGUCAUCAAUGGAAAACAGGUUGAAAUCAAGAGAACCAUCCCUAAAGGGCAAGGUCAAUCAAAGGAUUUUAAGACGAAGAAGAUAUUUGUUGGUGGGAUUCCAUCAACGGUUACUGAAGAUGAGUUAAAACAUUUCUUUUCCAAGUUUGGGAAAGUUGUGGAACACCAAAUUAUACGUGACCAUGAAACCAACCGUUCGCGAGGCUUUGGGUUUAUAGUUUUUGACGAGGAAGAAGUUGUAGAUGAAAUUUUAUCCAAAGGAAAUAUGAUAGAUAUGUCUGGUACCCAGGUGGAGAUCAAGAAAGCUGAACCAAAGAAAUCCUCAAACCCACCACCUGCUCCUGCAUAUGGUAGCAAUUCUAGGGCUCGUUCAUUCAAUGAUGGCUUUGGUGGAUAUGGUGGUUCUUAUGGGGACUUUGAUGCAGGCUUUGGACCUGGUCCCUUUAGGACUGCAGGUGGUCUUGGUGGUAGGAUUGGGGGUGGCUAUGGUUAUGGUAGUGGUGGUGACUUUGGUGGUGGUUAUGGAGGUUUUGGAAGCAGUAGCUUAGGUGGCUACCGAGGUGAAUCAUCCCUCGGUUAUUCUAGUCGAUUUGGUCCUUACAGUGGUGGGUUUGGUGGGGGUUAUGGCACAAGUGGCUUAGGAGGAUAUGGUCGAGGGGUUGAUGGCUAUGGGAGCUAUGGAGGUUCAGGUUACAGUGGAGGUUAUGACUCAGGUCCUGGUGCUAGUUACGGAGGAGCAGGUGGUUUGUAUGGAAGGGGAGGCUAUAGUGGGAGUAGUCGAUACCAUCCCUAUGCAAGGUAGAAUCGUUGCGUAGUCAGUACCGUCCAUCUCCUUGGAAGCUAGAACAGAAGUCUCACUCGAACGCUGUCUCGCCUAAGAAUUGCCAUAGAGUUUUUCAAACACACAGGUUCCUUUAGUUUUGUGGCCCAGUGAUAGGCAGUGUUCUCUCACAAACACUAGAGGUCCAAGGAUGCUUUGGAAAAAGACGAGAAAGAGUGUAUUAGACUUUUUAUUGUAUGGUUUUAGACACUAUUAUGUAGACUACACUACUGCAAGCUAGUUUAUGCCUAAUAUGGUUGUCCCCAUCUAGUACAAUUUCAAUGUAGUGUGCUGUGCUGCUCUGCUGUAGGCUUUAGCAUACACUUAUUUCUCGGUUA